CCGCCUCAACUUUUUUUUUUAAUCGCAUAUUGAACAAACACUGAAGUAGCCCUCAGCGGACACCGACAGGGCUGGUAUCUCCGAAGCCGAGAAGGGAGUGCUGGCCGACUCUGCGCCGCCGCCGCCGAGAUCGCCGGGUCCCAGCCCAGGAGCGAGUUUCUUUCUUUCGCACUCUUCUGUCUCCCAUCGCUCGGGGAGGAAAUCAUUUCUGAGCUUUGUAACUUUUAAAGCCAUCUUGUUGUUGGGCCAUGUAGUCUGCACAGGACCCGGGAAUCUGAGAAACUGCAGCGGCGCUGUUGUUUAUGGAGCUUUGGGCGGGGGCUGAGCCCGAGGUCUUGCCCCUCGCCCGCCGCCCGAGCCAUGCCACUACGUCUGUGCGCAGAGCGGCGGCCGCCGGGCCUGCGGGGCUGAGCCGGGAGCCGCGGGAGGACGAGGCGCGGGCGGCCGAGCCGGAGCGGGAGCCGCGGCGGCGCCGGGCAGCGCGGGACCCAGUACUAUGGCUGUGUACUGCUACGCGCUCAACAGCCUGGUGAUCAUGAAUAGCGCCAACCCGGUGAAGAGCGGCGGCGCCCCACGGGCCGGCAGCAGCGAGACACCCCCGCCGCCGGGGAGCGCCGUGUUGAGCCCCGGCAGCGUUUUCAGCCCCGGGAGAAGCUCCUCUUUCCUCUUCCCCCCAACCGAGUCGUUGUCGCCUGAGGAUCCCGGGAGCCCCGGGGGCUGGCGGAGUGGCCGGCGCAGGCUGAAUAGCAGCAGCGGCAGUGGCGGCAGCAGCAGCAGCAGCGUGGGCAGCCCGAAUUGGGCGGGUCGCCUGAGAGGGGACGGGCAGCAGGUGGUGGCCACCGGUCCCCUUUCCCCUCCAGGGCCAGAGGAGGCCCAGAGGAAGCUGCGAAUCCUGCAGCGCGAGUUGCAGAACGUACAGGUGAACCAGAAAGUGGGCAUGUUCGAGGCUCACAUCCAGGCGCAGAGUUCUGCCAUUCAAGCACCCCGUAGCCCGCGUCUGGGCAGGGCGCGUUCACCCUCCCCGUGUCCCUUCCGCAGCAGCAGUCAGCCCCCAGGAAGGGUCCUGGCUCAGAGCGAGGAACGGAGGACCAAGUCCUGGGGGGAGCAAUGUCCAGACACCUCAGAAGCCGACUUCCAGAGGAGCGCUGGGGCGCCCCGCCCAAGCCUCUCCCAGGACAAGGAGGGAGCGGCACCUUUUCCCUGCUUGGACUCCCUGUCGGGAUCGGGGGCUCAGGGUUCAUCCGCUUCCGUGACAAUUGAGGAGGGGGUCCCAGCCAGACCCCAGUGUUGCUCACCCGUAGCUGUGGAAAUCGACAAAAGGGUCUCCCCUCCUUCCGGGACUCUGAGCUGCCAAGCUCCUUCCUCAGGGCUUGUUGGAGCAAACUCUGUGAUGGCCACAGAAGUGGCAGCUAGAGCUACAUCCAUUGGGCCGCACCAUCCAUACGACCCUGCGCUCGGUGAGCUGUUUGAGCGGCCCCGGGAGCUCUUGGGUGUACAUCCCCCAGCCCUGCUGGAGAGUCAGGGGCAGUUUCUGGGCAGUGAGACAAGACCAGCCCCUGAGAAAGGGGGGCCGAGCCCUGUGGAUCCCCCUGGGAAGGUGGGGAAAGGAAAUCUGCCCAGUGGCUUGCAAGACUCCCCGGAGCCCGAAUCGGGUGGAAGGCCAGAGGAAAGGACUGUGGAGGCGCAAAGCUCAAAGCCCGCUGAGGCCCAGAACUGGUUCAGGCCAUCAGGAGACUGGGGCUCUGUAGGGCCCGAGGGGACCCGCAGUGUGGCCGCAGUGGUGGAGAAGCGGCCACAGCGCUCCAACAGAGUGGAUGAAGAAUCUGCAACACUGGGCUUGCGUGGGGGCAGCUGCUCAGCACAGCCAGGUGCAGGGGAGGCGGAGGCGGGAAUUCCCACUAGCAGAAUGCUGGAACCUUUGCCCUGUUGGGAAGCAGCAAAAGAUGUGAAGGAACCUCAGUGCCUUCUCCGGGACGGGCUGGGUGUGCAGCCUGGGAGCCCCAGGGUUUGCCUGGGCCCCAUGGAGGAAGCCUCUCUGGCCUGGACGUGUCGCACUGGGGCACAAUCCCAGGGGACCUGGGGAAGCCCACCAAAGGACAGAGUCACCCACCCCAGCCUAGAGCUGCUCUCCCCAGAUCAGAGGGACAAGGCUUCUCCGAGGGAGGCCUGCAGCCCCAGCAAUAUACCUGCAGUGAUCAUUACAGACAUGGGCGCCCAGGAGGACGGGGUCUUGGAGGAGACCCAGGGCAGCCCGCUGGGCAGCCUUCCCCUGAGGAAGCUGUCUUCUUCCUCUGCCUCCUCCACUGGCUUCUCCUCCUCCUAUGAUGACUCAGAAGAGGACAUCUCCAGUGACCCUGAGCGCUGCCUGGACCCCAACUCUGCCUUCCUCCAUACCCUGGACCAGCAGAAGCCCAGAGUGAGCAAAUCAUGGAGGAAAAUAAAAAACAUGGUGCACUGGUCUCCCUUCGUCAUGUCCUUCAAGAAGAAGUACCCCUGGAUCCAGCUGGCAGGACACGCAGGGAGCUUCAAGGCGGCUGCCAAUGGCCGGAUCCUGAAGAAGCACUGUGAGUCGGAGCAGCGCUGCCUGGAUCGGCUGAUGGCCGACGUGCUCAAGCCCUACGUGCCGGCCUACCACGGGGACGUGGUGAAGGACGGCGAGCGCUACAACCAGAUGGACGACCUGCUGGCCGACUUUGACUCGCCCUGCGUGAUGGACUGCAAGAUGGGCGUCAGGACCUACCUGGAAGAGGAGCUCACCAAGGCCCGGAAGAAGCCCAGCCUCCGGAAGGACAUGUACCUGAAGAUGAUCGAGGUGGACCCUGAGGCCCCGACCGAGGAGGAGAAGGCCCAGCGGGCUGUGACCAAGCCUCGGUACAUGCAGUGGAGGGAGACCAUCAGCUCCACUGCCACGCUCGGGUUCAGGAUUGAAGGCAUCAAGAAAGAAGAUGGCUCUGUGAACCGGGACUUUAAGAAGACCAAAACUCGGGAGCAGGUCAUCGAGGCCUUCAGAGAGUUCACUAAAGGGAACCGGAACAUCCUGAUCGCCUACCGGGACCGGCUGAAGGACAUUCGGGCCACCCUGGAAGUUUCUCCCUUCUUCAAGAGCCACGAGGUCAUUGGCAGCUCGCUCCUGUUCAUCCACGACAAGAAGGAACAGGCCAAGGUGUGGAUGAUCGACUUUGGGAAAACCACGCCCCUGCCCGAGGGCCAGACCCUGCGGCACGACGUCCCCUGGCAGGAAGGCAACCGGGAGGACGGCUACCUCUCGGGCCUGAACAACCUCGUGGACAUCCUGUCCGAAAUGUGCCAGGGCCCGGGCUCCCCCUAGUGCCCACCUGUGCCCACCCCACCCUGUCCCCGGCCUCUCCCUCCCUCUUGUCUGCCCUUCUCCUUCUCAAUUCUUCUCUCACAUCUACCUGGGUGCAAGCCCCAGAACUGACCCUCCCAAACUGCACUACAAGACACUUUGUAGAAGAGGAGAGGAGACUUCUAGUUACUUCCUGUCUGAGGGGCUUCAGCACCGUGGCUUCCGCUCCUCUCUGUACGUAGGGUCUCCUAGCAGAGCAGGGCCCGAGCAGGCUCUAGUGCCUGCAGGGCAGGUCGGUUGGGUUUAGGUCCAGGUGGAGGCAAUGUGGCCCCGCAGUCCAGUCCCCAGCCUCUGGGUGGGCUCCCCGUGGGGGCCUGCUGCCCUCUGCUGGCCAGUGCUGUCAGUGCCCAGCACUGCCCAUUUCUGCCCCCUCCUCCCAGCCUGGCGAGGGGGUGCUGUGUAAGAGCCCACGUGCCAGCAGGUGCCUGGUGCCAGGCUUUCUCGUGGUUGGGGUACCACAUGUCGGCCACAAGCAGAACACCCCCUGAUUAGCAAGCAGCCCAGGUGGUCCAGAGAUGCAUGCUGGCCUUCAUGGACCCUUUAGGGGCUGGUGUUGGAAACUUCCAGCUUUGGCCCAGACCCGGGAGGGAGCCAGGAGGAGGUCAGAGCUGACCAGGCUGUGCUCUCUGACAUUGGCCUCCCUCCUGGGUGCGGCAGGAGCCGUGGCCUUUCACCUUGACCAUCACCCACAGAUUGGGAGGGCCUCUGCAAACCUGAGCUGCCAGGGCUGCAGCCACCACCUGAGCCACUGUGCCUCCCACGCCCCACCUGGACCUUGCUGUGACAGGGGCUGGGGAAGGCGGGGGUGGGGCGUGGGGCACAGGCAGCCCCCAGUGUGAGAGAGACAGAACCUACAUGGGGCACCCCCCUCACACACCCCCACCUCUCCCACCUCCCUGGUAACACAAAGCUGCCCUGCCUGUGCCUGAGGCCCAGGGUCCCCCGCAGGUACAGGCAGGGCUUCAGGCCAGCGGCUGGGCAGGGAGGAAGCAGGAGGAGACUGACUUCCUGGCCCCUGGGUUUUCCCCUGAGAUGAGUCUUACGGCCUGAGGGGCUCAGGCCUGUGUUUCCCCAUGUAGUGUGGACAGCUUCCAGGGUACAUGGUGGGCACUGGGGGUCCCCAGGCCUCUCUUCCUGGAGCCUCUAGGUUGCUGGAAGAUGCACGGGGGAGCAGUUAUAAGCUUUAUUCUCAUUGUAAAGCAAGUAAGUCUGUGUUAUUAAGAGUAAUAUCGAAUUUGCAUGACUUUUAAAGACAGGAUUCCAGCUCUGGCCACUUGGAGUGGUGCCCCAGGGGCCCCACCUUUGUUGUCGGAGGAGAUUUGGGGACCAGGCCAGCAGGCACUUGGGGCCAGUUGCUCCGUAGGGAGCUGCUGCAGGGACACUGUGAAGACAGUGGGUGCCCAGGUGUGUGUGCCCAGGGGGACCAAUCCGGAGAGAGGGCUUCGUAGGCCACCUCCCUGUCACCCCAGGGUCUGGGGGAACUGUCAACUCACCCAUGUGACACAUGUGCUUCCCCUUUCACGUUGGGUGAGUGACGGUUGGUGGGGGCAGAGGGUGGUACAGGAGGAUGUGUGAGCUCAGAUUUUUAAAAGGAAAUCACGUUUCAACUUCCUGGCUCUUGUUCAAAAUAGUGGUGACCUGUGCAGGCUGACUUGCUAAAGGUCACAGCCCCGCCCCUUCGGAGCACAAGAGACCUUGUGACAGCAUGUGACCCUGGCAGGCAGGAGCCAGGGGAGCCGUAUGCACCCGUGGGCUACAGGGACCCCACCCCGGUAGUCCAUGGGCAGCUCCCUGCAGGGAGGGGUGUCAUUAAUUUAAAUGUCAAGGUCCUACAACUGUGGGCUGUCCAAAAGCUACCUUCCUCCUAUCUAUGAGAACAGUUCGCAGAAGCAAAUUAAUGCUAUGAACAAAAAUUACACGGGACCAGCUCCACCUACUUCCAGAGAACAAACAAACACUUUAAGCAGGCACCAGUUGUUUGCAAAUGAUGUGCUAAUAUGCAAAUGAUUUGUUUAUUAAAGGAGACCCAUGGGGCUUCCUACCGGCAAUCCUUUGCUUUGGGGUUACAUUUAUAUGUGAAAGUGGCAUAUUUUUAGGGUUAUUCUGUUACUUAGGGUUUCGGGUUUUGUAUUUACUGACCUUAGUCUCUUCCACACCUAGUCUCUCUACCCUUUCUCCCCUCUGACCUUUCACCCUCCUCGUGUGGAUCCUGGAAUGGAAUUUUCUAAAACCCCAGCCGAAGCUGCCUGAAAGGCCCUCCCCACCCAGCCCCGUCGUACGGCAGGGCCUCCUGGGACCCCAGCCCUGCAGGUGCCACGCGGGCGGGCGUCUGUACUGCCCGGUCCUCGCGCUCCCCACCCUGCCCCCCGCCACCCCGUGCAAUCCCGGUGUUCAGUACGGCUUCGCCUUUGAGGGAGCUUUCUCAACUGCUCGUCCCAGACUUGCCUUUCGUGUCUCGUAAGAGGUUUUUAAGUUAUAUUUAUUUUGUUGGGUUUUUUUAAUUGCACAAAACACUAAGACUGAGAGGCUGGAUUCUGUUUCUCCUCUACAGCUCUGCCUUCUUUCCGAACUUCUGCCCCGUUGGGUGGAAACAGCCUGGAGGCCGCCUGGUGCCCCUCCCCGCCCCCCUGCCCCGCCCCCAUCCCCAGGUGGGCUCUUUCCUCCCUUUGCUGUAUUUAGCUUUGAGUUUCUCCGCAUCCCUCCGGUCAACCCUUGUGUGUGUGCAGAACCCAGGCGCCCUCCUGGGAAGACAGAGUGUUCACCUGAGCCAGUGCCUUCUGUCCUGGGGGGGAGGACUCCCCGGAGGGUCCUCCCGCCUCCGCACUUCUCUCCCCGCAACACCUUGGAGAAAACUGAACUGUUACAAACCCUGCACAGUGCCUGUCAGACUGCAGACGCUCUGUACCUUCCCGAAUAAAGGCCCUGGAGACCA